CCGGUUCCUCUUUACAUAACGGCGCGGGGAGGCAUGGGCUCGGGCCACCACCUCCGCCCGGCCGCCCGCCCGGACUGUCGUGGCCCGCGGUGGCGACGGCGGCGGCAGCGGCAGCAAAGUUUCCCCGGUGGCGGCCCGGAGGCGCAUCCUCCCGCAACUGUCAAGCGCUGGCGGCGGAAAUGAUGAGGCGCUGGCCAUUUUCCGAGCCCGGGUUUCCUGCCUGAGCCCCGGUCGAGCGAGCCGCGAGCCAGGAGCCGGUGCGCGGGAGAGAACGCCCCGGGGCGGGGGCCCUCCCACCCCCUCGGGAUUUCGGGGGGCCGGGGGCGCGCGACACCAUGGGCCGGCCGGGCCCGGAUCCCCUCUCUCUCAGCCUGGCCGCUCCACCUCGGUCUCCGCCAUGAACGGGCCCACCCUGCAGCCCUCCUCGGCCUCCUCCGCGUCCUCGGCCUCCUCGUCGUCCCCGUCCCCGCGGGGCUGGAGCGAGUUCUGCGAGCUGCACGCGGUGGCCGCGGCCCGGGAGCUGGCCCGGCAGUACUGGCUCUUCGCCCGCGAGCACCCGCACCACGCGCCGCUGCGCGCCGAGCUCGUGUCGCUGCAGUUCACCGACCUCUUCCAGCGCUACUUCUGCCGCGAGGUGCGCGAGGGCCGGGCGCCCGGGCCGCCGGGACCCCGGGCCGCCGCCCCGGCGCGCGACUACCGUGAGACCGGCCGCGGGACCCCUGCCAAGGCCGAGGCGCCCCCGGCCGAGCUGGGCCCGGGCCCCGCCGCCCCGGCCCUGCCCAAGGCCCGCAGCUCGGAGGAGCUGGCCCCGCCGCGGCCGUCCGCCCCCUGCUCCCUCCAGCACUUGCGCCACAGUCUCCGCCACAUCUUCCGCCACCGCUCGGCCGGGGAGCUGCCCGCGGGCCCCGCCGCCGGGGCCGCGGGGGAGGCAGGCGAGGCCCCCGCGAGGCCCGGCCUGGCUAGGAAGCUCCUGCCCUGGAGCCUGGCCCGGGAGCCGCCGCCCGAGGCCCUCAAGGAGGCGACGCUGCGGUACAGCCUGGCCGACGAGGCCUCCAUGGACAGCGGGGCGCGCUGGCAGCGGGGGCGGCUGGCGCUGCGGCGCGCGGGCGGCCCCGAAGGCGCGGACCGGGUGCUGGAGCUCUUCGACCCACCCAAGAGUUCAAAGCCCAAGCUACAAGCAGCCUGCUCUAGCAUCCAGGAGGUGCGACGGUGCACACGUCUCGAGAUGCCUGACAACCUCUACACCUUUGUGCUAAAGGUGAAGGACCGGACAGACAUCAUUUUUGAGGUGGGAGAUGAGCAGCAGCUGAAUUCGUGGAUGGCCGAGCUCCGGGAGGGCACAGGCCAAGGCAGGCUGGAGAGCUCAGACCCAGAGAUGCAGAUUCCCUCAGCCUUAGAGCCCGGCAUGUCUAACUCUCCAAGGGGAAGCACAGAUUCCUUAAACCAAGGAGCUUCUCCUGGGGGGCUGCUGGACCCAGGCUGCCAGAAAACAGAUCACUUCCUGUCCUGCUACCCCUGGUUUCACGGCCCCAUCUCCCGAGUGAAAGCAGCGCAGCUGGUUCAGCUGCAGGGCCCUGAUGCUCAUGGAGUGUUCCUGGUACGGCAGAGUGAGACACGGCGUGGGGAGUACGUGCUCACAUUCAACUUCCAGGGCAUAGCCAAGCACCUGCGCCUGUCACUGACGGAGCGGGGCCAGUGCCGAGUGCAGCACCUCCACUUCCCGUCGGUGGUGGCCAUGCUGCGCCACUUCCAGCGCUCACCCAUCCCACUCGAGUGCGGUGCUGCCUGUGACGUCCGGCUGUCCAGCUACGUGGUAGUUGUUUCCCAGCCACCAGGUGUGACCCUGAUGCCCCUUGAUAAAGGGGGUGGUGGCACUGGGAACCCAGCAGAGGGUAAAGGCUUGCUGCAAACUCAGGGGGGCAGAGACUUCGUUCUGUGUCCUUCCAGCACUUGCCCCGUAAAGACUGACAGUCUGGUCUCUCUCUCCGUCACUUGUCCCCCAGGUUCCUCCAACACUGUCCUGUUUCCUUUCUCCUUCUCUCGCUGGGAUUCCGAGCUGGGCCUUCCCCACCUUAGCUCUUCUGGCUGUCCGCGGGGGCUCGGCCCAGAGGGCCUCCCGGGCCGAUCCUCUCCCCCAGAGCAGAUUUUCCACCUGGUGCCUUCGCCUGAGGAACUGGCCAACAGCCUGCGGCACCUGGAGCCCGAGCCUGCCAGUCGAGCCCGGGACUCAGACUACGAAAUGGACUCCUCCUCCCGGAGCCACCUGCGGGCCAUAGACAAUCAGUACACACCUCUCUGACAGGCAGCCAGAAAUCCCAGGCCUCACAGAUGCCCGCGGAGCACGAGCAAGCAGUUGUGAACUUGUGAAUGUAACUUUCCUUCCUUCCAGAGAGAGAUUUAAGGGGCACCGUGAACUGCUCAUUUCAGUUUGGACGUGACCCUUCUAUUGGGCCUGUUAAAGGGCCUCCGGCAAGUCUCACUCUCACCUGGCUUUCUCCUUGUUUACAGAUGUAGCUCUUGUUCGCGGACCCGCUGGCUCCCGCCCUGGGUCGCUAGGACUCGUCACGCAGAGGCGGCGGUGGGGCGAGGGCCGGAGCUGGCAGUGGAAACUUGUUCUCUUUUUCACUGACACCAUCAUAGCUGAUGACAGGCUUUCUACCGGGGGGGGGGGGGGGAGCAUCAGGAAGCCCAAAACACUAACAAGCCCUGGAUUCUCCUCUGCUUUUCCCGCUUCAGUGCCCGUGGCAGGGCUGCUGCACCCAGGCCACAGGUGACCACACUUACCCUGCUUCAACUCUCAGCUUUAGGACAAAGCUCUGGCAGAUGAACAAGCUAAAGGUCAAAAAUGAUUUUAGACAUUUUACCUCAGAUUAAUUUUUCAGAGGAUUCAGGUUUCAAAAUUAAACCAUUGCUUCUUUCACUGCACUGUUUGAACACACACCCAUGCGAUUUUUGUUGUCAGAGCCAGCUAUGCAAACCCUACUUGACUAGCUCCUGGUUCGAGCCAGCAUGCCUGGCUUGUCUAUUGUAUCCUCAGGACAGUCACCUGUUGCUGAGAAUAAAGAUAGAGAGAAGUGAAGCAUGUCACCCUUUCAGGGAAAUUCAGGCAAUUGCUGAAAUAGGUGGGUGGCAAGGAACAGUUCCACCCUGGUGCCUUAUGAAUAAAAAACUGAAUUCUGGUUUACAGAUGCUUUUUAUGGUGAGCGUUAAAACCAAUGGGUGGGGGUGAGGGAGGGGCAAGCUAAAAGGCAAGAAGGGCUGCUGGGUUCUUCCGAGGAAACCCUUCACCAACAGGAUUGGCUCAGAGCCUCCAAGAGUCUACUGACUUAUUAAAUUAUCCCAACCAGGUUUUAGGCUCAUUCUUGAGCCAAAAUGGAAUCUAGGAAUCUGGUGCCACAGCUAAAUGAAAAACUCCUUUAAGAGACCACGAUCAAUGUCCUGUUCCAGCCCAUUACUGCCUCACCUGAUGAAGAAUGUGUGUGGAUGUAACAAGCACACACCACCUCCGACAUCCAGGGAGGUCCUGGAGGCAAACUUCCAUCUAUACUUGCCUUUCACAAGUGAAACAAUUCACAGGGAGCUGGCUUGUCCCAGAACUUCCAUGCGGAGGCUCAGAAACAAGGAAGGCAGUGACAGAGUGGAGUCGAUUGCCCCUGGCUGCCAGCAGGGCUGUUCAGUACAGCCGCCAGGCUCACCGAAGUGGCUUCUAGGAAACUGGGAAUUUAGCACAGCUUAACAUUUAUAGAUACACUGAUCAACGCCUAAAAUUAAACCCUGGCCUAAAUUACUGCCUGCCUUAUCUGGGAUGAGGGUUUGGUCUGCUCCCUCCAGCCACUAUCUGUACUCCAAGAGGUUAGAGGUCAGACUUUGGAAGGAUGGGGAGGUAAGCAGCCCACCACUCUUCACCACUUUAAGACCCAACACUUCUGGGUGUUUUCACAGAUGAUAGUAAGGAAGAUCCAAUCCUGAUCUAGAGUUGUGGUCUAUUUCUGAGGACACUUGUCUCCUUCAUAUUCCACACAUCAAGUGGGUCUCUGAGUAAGGAAAGCUAAGCUUAACCAGGAUUAAGCGCUAUUUUGGAUUUCUCUUUUAAAAGAGAAAGUGCAUCACAUACAGCUAAUACUGACACGUCACUGGUACAGCUUUUCCCCUUAUCUGCACAGGAAACGGGCAAGCAGACAAUGAACCAGACAAGUUCCCGCCCUCCCACAAGAAGGGUAAAUAAACAUGUGGGAUAUGACAUCUUCAAGCCAGGGACACUCACUCCUUAACAGCCUCUCAACAUACAAUUCUCAGGUAGUGCCAAGAGGCAAGCCAGGCUCCAAGCUAGCAGCUCUGACCCGCUGGAUAGUCACCUAUUUCCACACUGCUCCAGUAUAGAAUGUUCAAGAAAAACAUUUCUAAACCUUUCUGAGUUACCACGACAGCUCAAAUACAUUCCAACACAAAGCCCCCUCAUGGCCUGGGAAGAAGUGACACUAAACCAGUGCUGCCUCUUUCUGCUAGAGCAGGUCACGCUGAAGGAAGGGCAGCAGUGGGUCCCUGGACUUGAUGCCUCCACAGGCAGUGAGGCAGUGACCCUGAUGGCUGCAGCCAGCCCACCACAGUCAGCACACACCACCACCCUCAUUUCAGGCUCAAUGUGACCACCGCUGGCAGCAAGAGACCAAGCCAGCGGCCCCCACCGAGAGCCCAGGCUCUGAGGGCCAAAUGGACAAUAAAGGCAUCACAACCCCUCUGGUUAUCUCUAAUCACAGGCAACAGGAUAGCUUGAUUGCUCCCAGCCUCAUUGCUUCCUUCAUCUCACGUUAAUGAACUUUUACAAACUAACAGUCACCAGCACCAAAGAAUUAAGUCAAUCAACUAACCUGCCUUGAAUUUUAGACCAGCAAUCCAUAUGGUUUUAUCUGGUAUAAAUCUUCUGCCUUUGAUCAUUUCUGGACCGUGUAGGAGAGAGGAAUAGCAAUCAUUACAAUCUUAAGCCAGAGAACACUAUUUUUACAUAACAGUUUUUUAACCUAAAAUCAAGGCCUUGAACCCUUCCCUAAGGAUUGCCCGAGAUUCCCUCAUGCUAUUAUUCAGCCUUUUAUCACAAAUGUCACGUGAGCUCUAACAUCUCCCACAGGCUAGACGAACUUGACAGUUUGUAUCCACUGCCUUGCCUCUUAACAAGGACACAUCUGACAUCCAGUGUUUGGCUGGGAUAAGCAGCACAUUGUAAUGACCACACAGAAAUGGAUGCAUUGAAUAUCAUUAAAGGCAGAAGGUAUCCGCAGAUUUUUAUGUAUUGUUUAUGUACUGUAUAAAUAACUUAUUCAUGAUGAAUGCAAAUUUUGCUAUAAUGUACAAACUGCUACAUGUGAAUUAAAGAAAGUUUUCAGAACCUUGA